AUGGAACAAUUCACAUUUGUAAUCAUGCAUUAAUUCUUCACUCUCUAUUAUUUACUUUCACAGGUUGCACCGGUACGGUAUGAGGUGAGAGAAAGAGACAGAAAAUGGACAGAAGAUGAGAGAAUGAAAAUGAAGAACUCGGCUCUACUGACUGACCCGAAGGAAGCAUUAAAAUCACUGGAACAUAAAGACCAACAGCUGGAGGAUUAUAAAAGACAAAUAGAGAAUAAAGAUACAGAACUGAGAAACAGAGAGAAAAUCAUUGAGGAGAAAGACGCACAACUCAAAGAUACAAAUACAACACUAGAGAAGACGAGUAAAGAGCUAGAGGAGAGAGACAGAGCUCUACAUGAGAGAGAUCAACAACUGAAACUGAAAGACACACAGAUACAGGAGACACAAAUACAAGUGGAGAAAAAGGACAACAGACUUGUGGAGAAGGAGAAAAAAUGUAAUGAAAAGAAUGAAGAGCUGAAGAUUCUAAAAGAACGUUUAGAGACUAAUGAGAAGACUCUUUCUGAGAGAGACGCAGUGUUAAUGGAAACUAAUAAUAAACUUAAACAUGCUACUGAACAAGUUAAAGAGAAAAUCUCACAACUGGAGAAUAUGAACAAACUGCUGAGUAAGAAAGAAACACAGCUGAAGAACACAGAUAAAGAGCUGGAAACCAGUAGAAACAAAUUGGAGACACUGGGACAGGAGCUGCAGGAUGAGAGGAGACAACUACAAGAGAUGAUAAUCGUACUGGAGCGACAGAAAACUGAGUUAACAGAAAAAAACAAACAGCUUGAAGAGACAGAGAGACGUCUAACUGAGAGAGAGACACAGCUAAUGGAGAGAGACAAACAGCUUCAGGAGAAAGACAAAUGCCUAACAGAAAACCAAAAAAUGCUUCAGAUGAAGGACAAGACACUGGAAGAGAAGGACACACUGCUCAGAGGGGUGAAAGAAGAAUUAGAUAGAACAAAUCACAUGUUAGAAAAAGAUCAUUCUCAGUUGAAAGAGAAAGAAAGACAACUGGAGAGUGUAAUGAAAGAACUGGAAUCCAGUAAAAACAAACUAACUGAAAGAGACAAACAGCUUCAGGAGAAAGACAGACUUCUAGAGGAGAAAACAAAGCAGCUGCAGGAACAGACAGAUCCAGAAUCAUCAGCCCCCAUCAGGAGAAGAAACAGCAAGGACACGUUACCUCCAUAUAUGAGUGGAGAGACUCAGGACUCAGCAGCACCAAUCAGGAGAAGAAACAGUAUGGAGGGACGUCGUCCUACAUUGGGUGGAGAAUCGUCUAGUCCACAUUCUCCAGUGUCGGUUCCUGUAGCAGAACUGAGGCUGGUGCUGCUGGGGAGGACUGGGUCUGGGAAGAGUGCAGCAGGAAACAUCAUCCUGAGCAGAGAGGAGAGGAACCAGGCUGCUACAUCUACAGCUACAUCUACAUCCACCCAGCAGAGUGAGAGCACACAGGGGGAGGUGGCUGGGAGGAAGGUGACUGUGGUGGACACUCCUGACUGGUUCUCUCCUGGAUUCUCUCUGGAGAAGCUGAGACAGGAUGUGGGACUCUGCGUCCAUCUGUCUUCUCCAGGACCCCACGCCUUCCUCCUAGUCAUACCUAUAAAGCAGCCUACAGGAGAGGAGAGAGGGAUGCUGGAGAAAAUGGAGGAGAUUUUUGGAGAGAGAUGUUGGAGAAACACCAUGAUUAUAUUCAGUGUUACUGAUGAUGUUCAGAAGAACCACAUUGAGGUGUUCAUCCAAUCAGGAAACCAGGAGGUCCAGAGACUUGUAGAGAAAUGUGGGGACAGGUUUUACUGUCUCAACAUUAAGGAGAGUGGGGAUGGUUCUAAGGUCUCAGAGCUGCUGAAGAAGAUAGAGAAAAUGGUGGAAGGAAGCAGAGAGAAAUUCUACAGCAGUGAGAUCUACCUGGAGACAGAAUCUCAGAUUAGAGCGAUGGAGACUAAGAUCCUGGGGGAAAGAAAAGAGAAAAUGAUAAGAGAGGAGAUUAAAGUGAAGGAAAAAAUAGAUAAGGAGGUGCAGGACUCUCUGAGAAAGCUAGAGGGAGUGAUCCAGGAGCAUGAAGGAGACAUCAGACAACUGAAUGACCGAACAACUGAACUGGAGAGAAAGAUGAAAGAAGAGAGAGAUGAAGAGAAAAAGAAAGAACUUGAGAGGGAGCUGAAACAAGAGGUAGAGCGAAGGACAGAAAUGAAAGAAAAGGUGAAGAAACUAAAAGAAAAGAGAGAGAGGGAGAGGCGAGAGAUGGAGGAGAGGCAUCAACAGGAGAUGGAGGAGAUCAGGGAGGCGUAUGAGGGAGAGGUCAGGAUGGAGACAGAGAGAAACCUCAUGAAGAUCAUCCUGCCUGAACUCCAGAGAAACAUUUUGGCCUCAAAAACAAAGAUGCAGGAAGAGUUCAGCAGACAGAUGGAGGAGAAGAACAGAGAGCUGGAUACUCUUAAACAGAAACAUUCAGAUCUCACAGAGACUCACAGUCUGUGUAAAGAGGUUUAUGGGAAAGCUGUGAUCAGCUCAGAGUCAGAGAGAGCAGCUGUAACAGGAGAAAUGUCGAAGGGAAUCUUUCAGUCAUUGACUGACUAUUUUGUCACUGGAUAACAGAGUUUAUAAAACCAUGACACUCAAGCAGUCUGCAAAUAGUCUUUCAGCCAGUGAUUGUGGACGGGGACAAAAGAAAAUCAGCCCUGGCCUUUUUGCUCCAGGCAGCUCAACACUACAGUAGAAGAAUUGGUCUAGACAGACACCACCCAUGUACAGUACAUGUCAGAAAAUUUAAAUAUCCUGGAAAAGCAUGUUGUUUGUUUUCGUUUGUUUGUUUGUUUGUUUGACUCACAGUCUGCUUGAAUAGGUUUAUGAGAAAACUGUGAAAAGCAGCUUUGAGCCAAAGAUAGCAGCUGUAACCGUAGAGGCAUUGUAGGGAAUUUAAAUAAUUAUUUCACUGAAUAACAGAGUUCAUAAAGCCCCAGACACUCACCCAGUCAGAAACUGAGCGUGCAAUCCAGAAACAGUGGACAGAGCUGGACUGGGAUAACAAUCCAAUUAAUUUUUUCUAGCUGCACUGCAUAUAAGUUAUCUUGCUUUUCAAACACACACACACACACACACACACACACACACACACUAGGAUAAGCUACCUCUCAAUAAGAUCCUGUUAUCAUGAAGCUCCUUCCUAGGGCACUGGAGACUCAUUGGUAGGUGUUUUGCCUGCCAUGCAAAAGGCCCAGGUUCGAUUCCCAGCUAGUGCCCAAACCACAGCCACUGGAUGCAGUGCCGGUCCCAAGCCCGGAAAAAUGGGAGGGUUGCGUCAGGAAAGGCAUCCGGUGUAAAACCUGUGCCAGGUUGUGGUGUGGACUGGAUAUUCCGCUGUGGCGAACCCUUGUUUUAUCCUUGUCGGGAGCAGCCGAAAGACCAACAACGUCAUGAAGCUCCUCCCUACUGAUUCAGCUCCCUCUCCUCCUGCUCCUCCUCAUUCUGCCCUUCACUCCGGCCCUCAUCAUCGAUUACAGUUCACUCCUGCUCUCCUCUAUGACUCUAAACCUGCUCUUCUACACCUGUCUGAUGAUGUUACACAAUGAAGAGGAGGUGACUGCAGCAGUCUCUACAGAUGUCUGGAAUCUUUGCACAUUUGGCUGCAAACUUCUAAGCUUUUUCUCACAGAGCUUUUACAAAUGACCUAUUUUUAUAUGGGCGGAGCUAGGUACUUCAUCACUAUGGUGUCAUGUGAUUGGACUUAUGCUGUCAGCAGACAAAUCAGUGGGUCCCUCAGUGGAUCCCAGUCUCUCCGUGAAAGGCAAAAAAAAUAAAUCAAUAACUGUAAUAAUAAUAAUAAUAAUAAUAACAAUGUGUGUGUGUGUGUGUGUGUGUCUCCCGGUUGAUCUGCCCCAGACUGGUUAGUGUAUCAAAAAAUAACUCUUCUUCUCUUAGCUUAAAACUUAGCUCAGACACACUUCUUCUUGAUUUAAUCCUAACACUGAAGAAAUAAUAUUAUGCCUCAAUGUGUUUGAUGCCUUUUAUACAAUAGAAUUUUGACAAAAUAAUAUGUGAAUAUAGAAGCACAUUAUAUCUAUUUAUAUUUACAGUUUAUGUUGUCGUACAUCCUCAAAACACUAGUUGCUUCUAUAAUUAGUAUUAUAACAUCUAGGAGCACAAUCACCUGACUGUUAGGUCAUGGGCGGUUAUACAACCAUUUCACUGCAUAUCAUACUGUGUAUGACUGUUUAUGAUUGUAUGUGACAAAUAGAAUUUGUGCUGAAUUUGAAUUCAAACUAAGAAUAAAGUGUCAGAGAACCUAUUGAUUCUUACUGUAAGUGCAGAUGUGUUGAUGGUUUUACAGAUGUUUUCUGUCCAUUAUUUGUUUGUUUGUUUGUUUGCUUGUUUUGUGUUGGAAUGUUUUCAUUAAAGGUCCCACACGUCCCAUUUUUCAUUAAAUGUUAAUAUGAUUCUUUAGGGUCCUAAUGAAAAGUUUGUAAUAUACUUUAAUUAAAAAUUCUCAAUGGUUGUGUAAAAAAAACACUACUUUUACC